GAGAUGUACACUCAAAUGCAAUUACAACGUGUAAAGGUAGUCAUUAAUUUAAGUACACAAGCAUGUUAAUUACAUGCACCAGUGUAAUCCUUUAUUUAGGCCUCUCGUGUACCUUCAUUUUCUGUCGGCGGACGAUAAGUCAACAAAACAGUGGCCGUCGGUCGUGGAUGAGGUGCUUACAUCGUUUUGCACUCUGAGGGCAAGUUUCCCACUAAGAUGAUCGUAGCCAUAGCGUUAGUCCUGGUCACAUUUCACCUAAGCGACGCUCAAAUCAUUGGCACAGUUGGAAAUGUCUUAAAAAAUACGGAAAAUGCGGUCGAAAACACGGGAAAUGCCAUCGAAGAGACGGCAAAUGAAGAUUUAGAUAGAAUCCUACCGACGUCCAUUAUCGUCAACAACACUAGCUUGAAAUUUUCCUACUGGAAUCACCUACUUGGAAACGAACAUCCCAUCGUAUUUACAAUAGACCAAGAAAAGGAUUUGCUCAACUAUUGGAUACCGGGACAAGGUCUGAAAGUCGUGACACACGGUUGGCUUGCAACGAGCGAAAACAGUACUGGAGUAUUUACGGUUAAAACGGCCACUGUCGUUCUAGCGUACGUGAGUGCUACCGAGUUUAACGUUAUAUCUAUGGACUGGAGCGCAAUUGGCGACAAUUACAUUUAUCCAAUACCGGCUCUGAUGACGCGGAGGGUGGGCUCUGUCAUGGCUAGAAUGCUGGAGAACCUGGUCCGUUUGGCCGCUCUCGAUCCGGGCGACAUCCACUUGAUUGGCCACAGUCUAGGCGCCCACGUUUCUGGAGCUUGCGGCGCUGCCUUCACUUUGGGCAAAAUCGGCCGAAUAACAGGUUUAGAUCCCGCGGGGCCCGGUUUCGAAUACGUCAACGUACAAACCAAUCGGUUGGACAAAACCGACGCCCUUUUCGUGGAUGUUAUUCACACGGCAGCAGGAGCGGCGGGGUAUUACUCAUCCUUAGGGCACGUGGACUUCUUCCCAAACGAAGGAUGUCCUCCUCAGCCGGGUUGUUACGACGGAUUGUAUCCGUCUGAACUUAUGGGCAUCGUGGGAUGUAGUCACGCUAGAGCACACAAAUUGUAUACCGACUCUGUAUAUCACAUGCGGUCUAUGUUGGCCACAAAGUGUUCAUCGUGGUCCAGUUACAAAAGCGGCCAAUGCAAAAACAAUCCGAAAACGUACAUGGGACACGACGCGUCACCGAGUGUGAGUGGUGAUUUCUAUUUGAAGACCGCUAGCUCUCCUCCAUAUGGGAUAAACGAGAAUGCUGACACAACAAUAAUUCAAUCAGCACGAAAGAACGUUUAACUUUUAAGAUACAUAAUAUAUAUUUAAUCCAAUUAUAAUUGCCAAUGGCAAAUUUGUUAUUAAUCCUAAGUUAUUUUUAUUGAACGGGACUAUCUAACAAUAAUAUUAUAAUGUGUGUUAGUAGGUAUGUUAUAGUUAUUAAUACUAUUUAAGUACUUCCAUAAUAUUACGGUUACCUAUUGAGAUAGUUUCA